AUGGCUCAGGCCGAAGGGACCCAUCGUUCUGGCAAGAUCUUCAACGACCGGGUGAUCGCACUGAUCCGGUUCACGCUCUUAGGGCUCUGCGGGACAGACCCGAUUUUGUUGACGCAUAUCAACUUCACGCAAAGCUAUACUCUUGACAAGAGACGGAUGCUAGCAGAGGAGGCGAAAGCCAUUGAUGAAACCAACCCCAACUACACCUCCACAGACGACCCAAACUCCAGACUAUAA